UGGAUGACUGACCUUGUUUCCUUGAAGUAUCUUGGUAUGAAUUAUGUUAACCUUUCAUUGGUAGGAAGUCGGUGGGUUGAGGUGGCAAACAAGCUUCCAAGUUUAACUGAGUUGUAUCUAGGUGGUUGUAGCCUCUUUGGCUCAUUUCCAUCUCCAAGCUUUGUUAAUUUUACUUCACUUGCUGUUAUAGCUAUCAACUCCAACGACUUCAAUUCCAAGUUUCCUGAAUGGCUUUUAAAUGUUAGCAACCUUGUAUCCAUUGAUAUAAGUCAGAAUCUUUUACAUGGGAGAAUUCCACUUGGUCUUGGUGAGCUACCCAAUUUGCAAUACUUAGAUCUAUCUUGGAAUGUCAAUCUCAAUGGCAAUAUCUCUCAAUUGUUGAGGAAGAAUUGGAAAAAGAUAGAAUUUCUCAAUUUGGAAGGAAAUGGAUUACAUGGUUCAAUUCCAAGCUCCAUUGGAAACUUUUGCAACUUAAAAUAUCUGGAUUUGGGGAAUAAUUACUUGAAUGGAAGUUUACCUAAGAUUAUCAAAGGACUUGAAACCUGCAGUUCUAAAAGUCCUUUGCCUAAUUUGACGGAAUUAUAUUUGUAUUACAAUCAAUUGAUGGGAAAAUUGCCGAACUGGUUGGGUGAGCUUAAAAAUCUUAGGGUACUCUAUUUAUCCGAUAACAAAUUUGAAGGUCCCAUCCCUGCUUCUUUAUGGACAUUGCAACACUUGGAGUAUUUGAAUCUUGGAUUGAAUGAGUUGAAUGGAAGUCUCCCAGAUAGUAUUGGACAACUUUCUCAACUGCAAGGCUUGAGUGUUCUUUCCAAUCAUAUGAGUGGAAGUCUCUCUGAACAACAUUUUUUGAAGCUGAGUAAGUUGAAGUAUCUAGGCAUUGGCUCCAAUUCUUUCCAUUUGAAUGUUAGUCCCGAUUGGGUUCCCCCUUUCCAGGUGAAAGGUCUUCAUAUGGGUUCAUGCCACUUGGGUCCUUCAUUUCCUGGUUGGCUUCAGUCUCAAAAGAACCUCGAGUAUCUUGAUUUCUCAAAUGACAGCAUUUCAAGUCCCAUUCCAGGCUGGUUUUGGAAUAUUUCUUUGAAUCUGCAACAGUUGAAUCUUUCUCACAAUCAGUUACAAGGUCAGCUACCAAAUUCAUUAAAUUUUUAUGGUGAAUCAGAUAUUGAUUUCAGUUCCAACCUCUUUGAGGGACCUAUUCCUUUUUCAAUCAAAGGGGUCUAUUUACUAGAUCUCUCCCACAAUAAAUUUUCUGGCCCUAUCCCACUGAACAUAGGUGAAUCCCUACCUAACUUGCAUUACCUUUUCAUUUCGAAAAAUCAAAUAACAGGGACCAUCCCAGAUUCCAUAGGACACCUUUCUUUUCUUGAAGUCAUUGAUUUUUCAAGGAAUAAUUUGACUGGAAGCAUUCCUUCUACCAUAAAUAAUUGCUCUAGGCUUUUUGUUCUAGACCUUGGAAACAACAAUUUGUUUGGGAUGCUACCAAAGUCGUUGGGUCAGUUACAACUGCUUCAAUCACUACACUUGAACCACAACAAGCUUUCAGGAGGGUUCCCCUCAUCUUGGCAAAAUUUAACAGGUUUGGAUGUCCUUGAUCUCAGUUACAAUAGAUUAUCGGGUCAGGUUCCUGCUUGGAUUGGAGCUGCUUUCAUAAAUCUUGUAAUUCUCAACUUGAGGUCGAAUCUGUUUUUUGGAAGACUUCCUUCUCGACUUUCAAAUUUAAGCUCCCUGCAUGUCUUAGACAUUGCACAAAACAAUCUGAUGGGUGAAAUUCCAAUCACUUUGGUUGAGCUUAAAGCCAUGGCUCAAGAGAAAUUGAAUAUAUAUCAGUUAAAUGUGAAUGCCAGCUCCUCGUAUGAAGAACGAUUGGUUGUGAUUAGCAAAGGCCAAAGUCUUGAAUAUACCAAGACUCUUUCUCUUGUUGUAGGCAUUGACCUAUCCGACAAUAAUUUAAGUGGAGAGUUUCCCCAAGAAAUAACAAAAUUGUUUGGUUUGGUGGUUUUGAACUUGUCGAGGAAUCACAUUACUGGCCAAAUUCCUGAAAGCAUUUCAAUGUUGCGGCAAUUGUUAUCUCUUGAUUUGUCAAGCAAUAAGCUUUCCGGCACCAUUCCUUCAAGCAUGGCCUCAUUAUCAUCCUUGAGUUAUUUGAAUCUAUCAAAUAACAAUUUCUAUGGUAAGAUCCCUUUUAUAGGGCAAAUGACAACCUUCACGGAGCUGGCCUUUGUGGGAAACCCUGAUCUAUGUGGAGCUCCACUGGCCAUAAAAUGUCAGGAUGAAGAUCCAAAUAAAAGGCAAAGUGUUGUUAGUGACAAAAAUGAUGGUGGCUAUGUUGAUCAAUGGUUUUACUUGAGCGUUGGCUUGGGAUUUGCCAUGGGCAUCCUAGUUCCAUUUUUUGUUUUGGCAACAAGGAAAUCUUGGUGUGAGGCCUAUUUUGAUUUUGUGGAUGAAAUUGUUAGAUGGUUGUUGAGGGGAAGAGCAACCUAUGCCAAAAAUCAUCCUAGAAGGCGAUAAAUUUUGUUUGUAGAUCUUUCUAUGCUUUAUGUAUCAUUAUAAGCUUUGGAAGUGAAUUUCAUCACAGUUGCAAUAGAAGAAAAGAGCUUGACACCUCUUAUUGAUUCUA